GAUUACAGUCCUAGAGCCAUUGUUAACAUCAAGGCACUGGCAAUUGAUAUCCCCUUGAAUACCUUCGAUGUUUACAUUGUUUGGAAAGUUUUAGGCGUGGUCUCUUUAGUUGUGUAGCGAGCAAGUUUAGACAUCAAUUCUGAGGGAAAGAGGACUGUACGAUCUUUAGAAUUUAUGUGGAGAAACUAGUUAACUCUGCAGGUGUUUGUAUCUCAACUCGCUCGCUGUCUUUGUUGGGAAACUUUGCAACGAUACACAACGGAGAACCGAUACAAGGUGGACUUUGCGCGCUGGGUAAGGUUCCCCAAGGUUUCGCAGUGGAUUUAACAUUCAGUGCUCACCCGUGAACUCUUAUUUUACGAACUCUUGAGACGGGUUACACGAAGACUACAAUGGCCACGAGACGCAGGAACACCAAAGACAUAGAACUUACCCUAGAGAAGAGGGGAGAGGACUACAAGAAGAAGGUAGAGGCCGUGAAAACGAAAGAAAAAGCGCCGCCAAAAUGGCCGGGAGCUUGCAAACUUCUGCUGUCCAUAGUGUUGUUCCUGGUGAUCAUAAGUUGUCUUGGAUUUGGGAAAGUAUCGGUGAUAUCUAUCACACAGUGUCUGGCACAGGCGAGGUUCGAAAACCGGACAUACUCACCACCUUCCCACAACAUCACUAUUGUACAGUCCUGUGAAGAUGAGCAACCAGAACCCAUCAUCAACAUGAUCCUCCUGAUCCUGAUGGUACCGUACGGCAUCACGCUACUCAGGUGUCUGUGGGUGACGGGAUGUAGAGGCGUCUAUCCCUGGCCUACAUGGACGGCCAUCGGUGUGGGACUUCUGGCCAGCACAGCCGAAGUUUUCGCCCUCGGUCUCUUCAUGCUGGAAGCCCUUACAACCGUGAAAAGCGCCCUCGGCAUUCUCCUGAUGAACAGCAUCUACGCCAUGCAGAUCUUCUUCCAGCUAGUGUACGAAUGUUACAAGUUCGUUCGCCCGCACAAGACGGGGGAGCGGGCGCCAUCUUGGAAAAAGCUGCUGACUUUUCUGUUGGCCGACUGUUUGGGGAUCGCCGCUUUCGUCGCGAUCGUGUACUUCAGUUCUAUGGAGGGGAAUGAUCCAGAUGGUUGGUGGAAGGUUCCACUGUGCGUGCUUCUUAUAUCCACCGCCUGGUCUCCUGUCAUCCAAAAGCUUCAAACACGCACUCGGAACUCCGCCACGAUGGACACCGAGUCAUCCCGAACCAAUACCGAAGAACGACACAAGGCCGACCCGAAGGAGGGCGAAGAUGACGUCAUGGACAUCAGCAAGCGGAAGGACGGUCGCCUGACCUCCAGUCUGAUCACCAGCUUCUGGAAACUUCUUCUGACGCCAGCUGUGGUGACACUUUACGUGUGGCACUAUCAGAUUGGAGACGUUCGGACCAUGUGGAGCUUGUCCGGAUGGAACACUAUCACGGCUUUCCAUCCGGCGUUCGACGAACUGUUGGUCAACAUCUUCUGCAGCGUGGGGGCUUACGUUCUGUCGGUGUUUGCUUGCAGUAUCUGUGUGUACUACAUCGGCUUCACGGCCCCCUUGUUGUUGGGCACAGUUGACGCCUUCCUGCUUAUCUACAUCAUCCCCAUUUGUGAGGUUUUCAUACCUCGUGAGGCCUGUGAAGCAGAGGAGUCAAGGUACGUCUGGGGGAUUCCUGCAGCAGUUGGCCUGUACAUCGCACAAACCAUCGCCGUGUGGAGUCUGGUCGUUCAGAGUCCCAGCGGAAUCCUGGAGAAGGAGUCACAGAUCUUCUGGCUUCCUGGAUACAACAGCGUUUUCCUGGAGCAGUGGCUGAUGCUGAGCCGAAAAACUAAACACAGCAACCGGAAACAGUUCGUCCGGCGGGCCAAGACCAUCCGGAACGCGUGUGUGUACGUCUGUAGCACCAUGUACCACGAGUCUGAAGAAGAAAUGGAACAGCUGCUCAUCUCUUUGCGAGGCAUCGCUAACGAUUUACAGGACGAGGCUAACCGCCAUUUUGAAUCGCACAUCUUCUUUGACGGCGGCUGUAAGCAGGGGCAGCCUUCACGGUGGGCGUUACAGCUCAUGGCACUGAUUGACAAGACUAUGUGUCCACCAGGAGAGGUGACGAUAUUCAACGGGCUGUCCUGUGAGAAGUGGGAAACACCGUACGGGCUACAGUUCUGCUGGACAGUGGGUGCGAGAAAGAUGUCGUUUAACGUCCAUCUAAAGGACAACUCCAAGGUCAGGGCUAAAAAGCGAUGGAGUCAAGUUAUGUACAUGUCGUAUGUCCUCGACUAUCUCGCUAACUACAAUCCACUGGGCAUGUCCUCCGGCGCCAUCUUGGAUGACGACAUCGAGGCAUCCUCGCCAAAGAAGUCAACGUCGACGUUUGAGCGCAGCGGACCGCAUCGAGCGAGACUGAACGGGUCCUCCUGUUGGACAGCAGAGGAAGACGGCUUACAGUACAUAGAGGUUGACCUAAGCGAGCCAAUGGCCGUGACCGGACUGGUGGUACAGGGUCAUCCCCAUGCCGACGAGUGGGUCAAGAGCUUUGAGAUCCGUUAUUUGGACAAGUCUACGGCAAGGAGCGGCGCAACGACCGCACUCGGGGACGGAGCCUGGCGCCGGUAUGGAGAGGGCGUUGAUGGGGACGUCAAGACAUUCAACAUCACACCAACAAGUGGAAACGAUGCAGUGAGAGUUCUGCUGGAAGAGCCGAUAGAGACACGCUAUCUCCGGAUCUACCCACUUCAGUCGAACGGUUCCUGUAGCAUGCGGUUCGAGAUAUUGGGACAUCAUAUCGCUGACAAUCUGGAGAACACGUAUCUCCUUGUGACGGAUGCUGACGUGAAGUUCACCCCGGAGGCUGCUAAGGCCCUGCUGGACAUCACGGCCCGGGACCCGGCUGUAGGUGCAGUCUGCGCCCGUACCCACCCCAUGGGAUCUGGAGCAGUGGCGUGGUACCAGAUCUUCGACUACGCUAUCGGACACUGGCUAAACAAGGCUGCAAACAACGUCCUUGGCACGGUACUGUGUUGUCCUGGUUGUUUCUCUGUCUACCGAGCUAAAGCUGUCCGUGACGGGCUGGCAGAGUACUCCACUCACGUCACCAAGGCCAAUGAGUUCCUGGUCAAGGACAUGGGAGAGGAUAGGUGGUUCUGUACACUGCUCGUGGAAAGUGGCUGGAAACUUGAGUACUCUGCCGUGUCUGAAGACUCUACCUUCUGUCCCGAGACGUUUGACGAGUUCUUCAAACAGCGCCGCCGGUGGCUGCCCUCGACUGUGGCCAACCUGGUGCUGGUUAUACAGAAAUGGAAAACGCUUGUCACCAAGAACUCCAAUAUCUCUCGGCUGUUCAUCCUGUAUCAGCUACUGUUGCUCCUCUCGACUUUGAUUGGACCCGGAACAUGUAUGCUGUUGAUUUCAGGCGGCAUGGCCGUGGCCUAUGGUGUGGAUCCUGUCAUCUCUAUGGUGCUCCUGGUUCUCACGUCGGUUGCGUUCGCCUUGCUGUGUCUCAAAACAAACCAGAAUGUGCAGCUACAGAUUGCCAAAAUCCUGACGUUUGCCUUUGCUGUGGUGAUGGCUGCCGUGACGGUUGGGACUGCGACUGACAUCGCCAAGGGUCUCAGUAAUCCAGCCUCUUCUAAUUCUACAGGUGGGGAUGUAGUUUUACUUCCCAUCCCGAUCAGCACUUUGUAUUUCUUCCUCAUCAUCGGGAUCUUCAUCGUGACGGCCCUCCUGCAUCCGACGGAGUUCUUCUGCCUGUUCCACGGCAUCUGGUACCUGUUCUGUCUCCCGUCAGGCUACCUGCUGCUCACCAUCUACAGCAUCUGUAACCUGAACGACAGGAGCUGGGGAACCCGAGAAGGAAAAUCUAGUGGGGGUUCGAAGAGCUGGAGAGAGAUGUGGUGGAGUUUUGUUGAUGGACUACGUGGAUGUUGUGGUGGCAGGACAGACUCAGCAGAAGCCACAGAUAUAGAAGAGUUACCUGUACAAGACGAGCCGGGUUCAGAACCGACAUCUCCGACCGAUAAUGAACCUCGGCUUCCAGAACAGGAAGAAACUAUCGCCGAAGAACCAGAAACUGAGGAGCGUCCUCAAAGUCCACCAGCUCUUCCACCCAAGACUCUUCCACCACUUCCGCCUAAGAGGAGAAGAAAGGUAACAUUUGAUCCCAAUGACAGCCUACCAGAAAGAUGGUUUCGUCGGAGAAACAAAGAAAGCCUUGCACGGAGAGCCUCUCGCAAGCACUCCAACUGGAGGAUGAGUUACCAGGACACUGACAGGGUAGGAGUAGAGAUGUGGCUACCGGACAAGAUGAGGGAGAAGUACGCCCAGAAGUUCCUUGAUCAUGGUUAUGACGACACCAGCUUCAUAGCCGGGAUGAAGGAGUCAGACCUGGAGUUUAUCGGAGUAGACAAGAUGCACCGUCCAGAGAUUCUCCGACAGAUCGACAAACUGUCUGAAUACGCUAUCGACGUCAAAGUCCCCGAUACUGUAGAAGAAUGGUUGGAUCAGAUCGGUUUGGAGCAGUACAACGACAAGUUUGUGUACGACGCUUAUGACGUGGCCAGCCUGGUCAACUUGGAAGAGCAGCAGAUCAGGGAGAACCUUGGAAUCGUGAAGACUGCUCACGUCAAGCGUAUGUUGGUAGCAAUAAGUCAUCUUCGACACCCUAGCGAAACCGAUGAAAUGAUUGACCGGGUGAAGAAGGUGAUCUCUGACAACGUCGAGUCCCGGAGAAUGCAGGAUCUUGAUGAAGAGCACGUGAAAUACCGAGAGUACAAAUUCUGGAACCGUGUCCGCGAUGCUGCACUGAAGCAGGACUACGGAGUCUUCAACAACAACGUGGGUCUGAAAGAACAACUGGUGGAGCUGCGGAACUCCUGGCUCAUCGUGCUGUUCGUGUCCAACGCGCUGUGGCUCACCCUCAUCCUCACACUGGCCUCUCAGGCCAACUUACAGGUCCUGGACACCAACCCACUCGGUCUUGUCUUCCUCGUCGUCUUCGGCUUCAUCCUGAUCAUCCAGUUCUUGGCCAUGUUAGUCCACCGCGCCUGGACAGUCGUCCACAUGUUAGCCCGUAUCCGCAACCUCUGGGAGAAACUCGACACGGAAGACACCGUGGGACAGAAGGGCGGGCAGGCGGGAACAACCUCCCGGAUCCCUGACGCCAUGCCGGCGACGUCCCGGAGAGGUUUUGACGACGCCAUCUACCAGAACGAAGCCUUCGAGGGAGACGGAGAAAAUCCUCCCGUGUACGAAAGCGUUAGUUCGUUUUAGUUUGGGUUAUAAACCAGGUGGCUUUUAAAAACGCCCCUAGCUAAUAUUCAUUUACCCUGUUUAAGAUAGAUGAAGAAACAACAACUAGUUCGAUACAAUUCCUAAUAUCAAUGUUUCUAUAAGGCCACACCAAGUACAUUUUUUUGAAAGCAUUACUUGUUCUCACUUGCCUUUUUUUGCAUAUCCAAAAUUUUACAAGCAAAUCACGUCACUUCACAUCAAUUGCUAAACAAACUAGACCGUAGAUUUUGCUUUGAGACCAUCUAAUCAAAAUAGAACAGAUUGAGAUUUGAAUUCGGUAUUUAAGUGCUAGUAAAAACGUGCAUUUUUAUGGACAAAGUUAACUUUAAUAAGAUUGUUAAAACAUAUUGUCCAUCGGAUAUCUGAUUAUAAAAGCUACC